AUGUUAGGAACGCAGGAAGCCAUCCGCCAGAGCCAGGCGAAGGAGAAGCGCGAGGAGCAUCGAGCACGUAGAUGCAACCUCAUAGUCGGCUGCGUCAGGACCUCGGUCCGGAGCCGCGAGAUCAAUGGCAAGAAGGUUGUCCUUAGGGACCACAAGCUAUACAUCGACACCGAAAACACUGCCGAGACCGAUGAAUCCUCUGGCCACCCCUUCGCGGGCUACUAUCUUCCCUAUCCUGACUCCGAGUAUGAGGGACUUGUCAGCACAAUCACACACGUAGCUCCAAUUCUCAAUUGGAUCUACGUUGACAAGGAGACCUUCGAGGUCAAGUACGGUGUGCGGGAUCUUGCCCAGCCUCAUCUCACCGGGCCGUUUGACUGCACCCGUCAGGACCGCCGUCUGACCUUUGAAGACUGGGAAGGGUUCGUAGCUGUUGAGGAGCAGCCUAUGACCUGGGCCCUCUACUUCGAUAGAGAUGACACGGGCUUGAAAGGGAAGAUACAGCCAACUCAGAAAGUGCUGGAAGUAGUCCUGACGCGACAGGAGCGGAAGAAGAUGAAGUCAGAGGCCCAGAAACCCAAGACAAUCGACAAGGAGAAGGCGGAGCAAGCUGGCGACCAUCAGGCUUCCUACGUCCAGGGAGCGGCCGCUGCUGAACAGCGCACCUCUCAAGACGCUGAAAAGCGCGCGAGCCAGGAUGCUUCUCAGCCGCAGGUCCUCUCCACGGCAGACCUUGCGAAGCUCAAGAUCGGGAGCACUGGGCCCUCAUCGAUUUGGUCCGAUCACGUGGAAGGCACGGUCAGUUCCCCCACUGAGCCCUGGGGUGCUGCGUCAAUGUGGUCCAACCAGGAGCAGCAGGCCGCUUCCGGUGCUGCAGGCCACCUGGCACCCUUCACUCCAAGCAGCUCCAUCUAUGGGGAUGGCGAUGAUGCUGGCGCAGCUACCAACACAGGGGCUCCUGAGGAGACGACACCGGGGCGGACUGGAUACCGCCAGCCUUACGUGGAAGACGAGGCCUCAGCGACGAAGGACCUUGUCGUCGAAGAACCCGGAAAGAGAGAUCCACAUGCUGUUGCCGUCCCCGAUACCCACAAGCCAGAAUCAGCCGAACCCGAAGCCACCGAGAACACUCUCACGCACGAUAAUCAGCAUGCGUUGGAUGCAGGAGCUGAUGCGGAGCCGAAGCUAGAUCCCGAAGACGUGGGGUCCGACAAUCAGACGAACGAGUCACAGAUCGAUCAACAAGCGAGCAUCGACGUCACUUCGGAUCCGGAAGAGCAGCUUGCCACGAAGAAGUCAGAUACCACAGAACAUGGCCAGCAAGCCAUCGAUCUGUCAGACAAAUUGGAGGAGACUCCGCAAAGCGUCCGCAAGGACUCCACAAUGGAAAGUGGGAAACAUUCGCCCCAGACAACCUCGGCAGCUUGGCAAGACAGUCCCAAGGCUGGUGGCCAGUUGACUGUACCUCAGGUGGAUUUCCAGAUAUCGCACGCAGAUCAAAGUGCACUCCCCGAGACAGAGCUGCCAUUGGAGGAGUCUGAUACCAACGGUACUGUCGCUGCUGACGACAAGACUUGUUCUACUACUGCCGAAAAGGACAAGCCUGUCAAGGACCUGGAAGUCUCCGAAGUGGCGGCUCAACCCGCCCCUGCAGACGACAAUGUUAUUGCAGCCGACGACCAGCCGUUUGUCGUUACGCAUACUGAACUCACACCGGUGAUUGAAGAGGCCAGGGAACCCGUAUCUACUCCAGUGCAACAGAUCCAGCAAGGAACACCUGGGCUGUACGCUGCUGAGCCCCCAUCCGAUAUUGACAAUCUUCCCCCUUGGGUUGCGCUUCCAGAGCCCUAUUGGAACGCAGCAGCUGACUCGCCUCCUCGACCUCACUUUUCCAUUGAGGAUCCUAGUACACCGAAGCAACGAAACUUUUCCCGCCCUCACCAACAAGGGGCCGAGCCGGACUCAUCGCCGAUAACGGACCACAAGUCGGAUUCUUUGGCAGGUGCGGAAGAGUUGACGAAAGAGAGGUCGUUCCGGGAGGACAGUGCCCCGCCCAUCACGAUUUCCAGGGAGCCAUAUCCUGUGGAGGACGACCCCACGUCGACGGAUACAUCGCUGGUUGACACAUCGUACACGGCGGCUUCACCCUUCGGGAUGGACGAUGCAACGUCGAUAGUAGACACAACGGCGGAGAAGGUAUCCCUGGGCCCAUCUUAUGAGCCUCAGACCACGGAACCGCUGUCACCGAAGAGGACCCAGUCCAGCGGCACACUCGACGAGCCGGGACUGCAAGAGCACAUCAUCGGAAAGGCCUAA